GUAAAAUGAGAGUGCAAGUAGUCACACUUCUCGCGGUUUUGCUCGCCGUCUUGCAGUUCACCUCAGCAGCCGGUAACUAUUAUUCAGGAUACCCAUCUGACCGAACAAUGAAACGAAGUGCUCUACUGCAACCGGAGAACAAUCCAGAAUGGAAUCAGUUGGGAUGGGCUUGGGGAAAGAGAAGCGCUGGAAUGGAGAUCCCUCACCGCGCGGCUCGAGCUCUUCACCCAGUGAAAAAGAACCCCGAUUGGCAGGAUUUGGGCUUUGCAUGGGGCCGCAAAUAAAUAUUUUUUCUUUAAAUUUUUAUUUAAAAACAAUUAUGUGCACUGUCGACUGUUGUGUGUGUGCUUUUUAAUUUUUUUUUUACCAAAACACCAAAAUUCUCGUUUUUCUCUCUUCUCCGCCCCCCUAUUUUCCCUGAUUUGAUAAAAUGGACAAUGUUA